AUGGAAUUACUACCUGAAGGACAAAGAAAUACUGCUACAGAAGUGAGUUGGGAAGACCAGCAAAAGAUCAACAAGUUUUCAACCAUCAUAUCCAAGAAGGACCAACAGCAAGCCAUACUAGACAAGUUGAAAGUUGAAAAAGAGUAUCUUGAUGAUUUAUCAACCGAAUUGGAGUUACUAGAUGAGGAUGAGUCUGUACAAUACAAGAUUGGUGAUGCAUUUGUGUUUAUGAAGACGAGUAAAGCAUUGUCCAAGAUUGAAGCUGAUGACAAGGCAUUAUCUGAAAAGAUUGAUAAAGUGGAGGAAUUAAUUGACGGGUUUGAUGAACAAUUGGGGGAAUUGAAGAAACACUUGUAUGGUAAAUUUGGUAAUAAUAUCAAUUUGGAGAGAUAG